UUUUCUGCUACUAUCUUUAUUACACAAAUAGACGUUCUAAGCUUACAAUUCAUUCUUCUGGGAAAUUUAUGUGGAGCGGUAUAUCUUUUUGCCGUUUAAAAAAAAAAUCUCCACCUAUAGGACGUGCGAUUCUAUGGCUUUUUGCUGAAUUCAUCCAAACUACUCCUCUCAACCUCACAACCCCUGGAAAAAUUCAUCAGAAAAAUUUCUUCAUCUCCUGUUACUGGUGUAUAGGUCUAUCAGUUUACAGGCCUUAUCUAUUCUUUUUCUACAAACCCAAAAAAAAGGGGUUAUUCUAAUAACAAAGUGUGAACUUAUUUUGAGAGAUACUAUGGAGCGUCCACAAAAAAUGCCCAAAGUGGCUAAAGUGAAAAACAAAGCUCCGGCUGAGAUACAGAUUACUGCUGAGCAGUUGUUGCGUGAGGCUAAGGAACGUGAUUUAGAAAUUUUGCCACCGCCUCCGAAGCAAAAAAUUUCUGAUCCCGCUGAGUUAGCAGAUUACCAACAACGCAAACGAAAAUCAUUUGAAGAUAAUUUGCGUAAAAAUCGGAUGGUCGUUAGUCAUUGGAUAAAAUAUGCUCAAUGGGAAGAAUCGCAAAGGGAGAUACAUAGAGCACGAUCUAUUUGGGAACGCGCUUUAGAUAAUGAUCACCGUAAUAUUACCAUUUGGCUGAAAUAUGCCGAAAUGGAAAUGAAAAACAAGCAAAUAAAUCACGCACGGAAUUUAUGGGAUCGUGCUGUGACUAUAAUGCCUAGAGUGAAUCAAUUCUGGUAUAAAUACACUUACAUGGAGGAAAUGUUAGAAAAUGUGGCUGGUGCUCGGCAAGUGUUUGAACGUUGGAUGGAGUGGCAACCGGAAGAACAAGCUUGGCAAACAUAUGUGAACUUUGAACUGCGCUAUAAAGAAAUUGACAGGGCAAGAGCGAUAUAUGAACGAUUUGUGUAUGUGCAUCCGGACGUAAAAAAUUCGAUAAAGUUUGCCCGCUUUGAAGAGACACACGGUUUCAUACAUAGUGCCCGUCGUGUUUAUGAAAAAGCAGUGGAAUUUUUUGGCGAUGAAUUUAUUGACGAGCGUUUAUUCAUUGCUUUCGCUCGUUUUGAAGAAGGCCAAAAGGAGCAUGAUCGUGCCCGCGUCAUAUACAAAUAUGCUUUAGAUCACUUGCCUAAAGAAAAAACCAAGGAACUGUAUAAAGCCUACACAAUACACGAGAAAAAAUAUGGCGAUCGAGCGUGUAUGGAAGAUGUAAUUACGUCAAAGCGUAAAUUUCAAUAUGAGCAAGAAGUGGCGAGUAACCCCCAAAAUUAUGAUGCAUGGUUUGAUUAUCUACGCUUAAUUGAAGCUGAAGGUGAUUAUGAAGUUAUACGUGAGACUUACGAACGUGCAAUCGCUAAUGUGCCUCCCGGUAAUGAGAAAAAUUACUGGCGUCGCUAUAUUUACCUAUGGGUUAAUUACGCUUUAUUUGAAGAAUUGGAAACUGAAGAUUUAGAACGUACACGGCAGAUUUAUAGAACUUGUCUUGAACUUAUUCCGCACAAAAAAUUUACUUUCAGCAAAAUUUGGCUUUUAUAUGCGCAGUUCGAAAUAAGAUGUAAGGAUUUAAAUAAAGCACGCAAGACACUCGGCAUGGCUAUCGGGAUGUGUCCUAGAGACAAACUAUUUCGUGGCUAUAUUGAGUUAGAAAUACAGUUAAGAGAGUUUGAUCGUUGCAGGCUAUUAUAUGAGAAAUUUCUGGAAUAUGGACCGGAAAAUUGUGUAACGUGGAUGAAAUUUGCGGAAUUGGAGAAUCUUUUAGGUGAUACAGAACGAUCGCGUGGCAUUUAUGAAUUGGCUAUACAGCAACCGCGUUUAGAUAUGCCAGAGCUGCUAUGGAAAGCUUAUAUAGAUUUUGAAGUAUCGCAAGGAGAAUCGGAGCUGGCGCGGCAAUUGUAUGAAAGAUUGUUAGAACGCACGCAACAUGUAAAAGUAUGGAUUUCAUAUGCCAAAUUCGAAUUAAGCGCCGAAAAUCACGAAAUUGAAGACGCUGACAAAGAAAUGAGCCUAGAUUUAGCCCGCAGAGUUUACGAGAGAGCCAAUGAUACCUUGAGACAAAUGGGAGACAAGGAAAGCCGAGUUCUGUUAUUGGAAGCUUGGCGGGACUUUGAGAAAGUUUCCGGUACUCCACAGAGUUUAGAGAAAGUCAUAGAAAAGAUGCCAAGGAGAGUUAAGAAAAGGCAAAAAAUUGUUUCGGAGAAUGGCGUAGAAGAGGGUUGGGAGGAAGUUUUCGACUAUCUAUUUCCGGAGGAUGAAAUGACCCGACCCAAUCUUAAACUAUUGGCUGCCGCUAAAAUGUGGAAAAAAGCGAAAUUGAGUGAAACUACAGAAGAACUAAGCAAUAAAGAUAAUUGAUGAUAUUAUGGAGCUAAAUAAUAGGAUGCAAAUAAUAUUCGGAUAUUUGAAAUUUAUUUAAAGCGCAAUAAUAGAGUAAAUGUAGAGUAAGCGUAUUUCAUGAGCUAAGAGAGGAAAAAGAAAAGAAAAAUAUGCUAAUUAAUUGAAAUUUUAUG